AUGGUAGGACAGAUAUUAAAUGACCAAAGGCUUUCUCUUAUGAUGAAGAUAUUAAGCUGCGUUUGUGGAUUCGGGAUGAUAAUUCUGGGGAUUAUGGUCUAUGUCUACUACAGUGACAUUAAAAACUUUGUCCAGUUCAUAAUGGCGCUUUACUUUAUGAUUUUUGGGGUUUUGGGGAUGGCUGCUGAAUUUCCUGUCAAAUAUAUAUCGAGGUUCUUUUCUUUUAUGAAAAAGUACUUUGGAAAAGGACUUUAUUUUAUAUUGUAAGAGCUAUUUAGCAUGGGAACAAUUUCUUUUUCAGUCACUUAUUGGUGGCAAAUCAUAAUUUCGUUGUUGAAUAUAAUGCUUGGAAUAUUAUAUAUUGUGUUUCAUUUCAAGGUAGAAUAUAAGUAGCUAAAAGAUAAGCUGAUAGAGGAAGGCUAUGAUGUCAAGGAGAAGUCUGAAGAGCCUGCAAGAGAAGCGGCACCUCCUAGUCAAGUGUAA